AUGUUGUACAAAAAACUCGAACGUUUGAUCAAAUCCCGUGUGUCGGAUCUAGUACUUUCUGAUCAAUCUGAAAGCAGCUCUUCUAUGGAUGAUCACAUCAGUUUCACUUUGUUGCUCUCCCAACAACUGCCAAUAGUCGAACAAGAACUUAGUUCGUUCGUCACAAAGUUGAUGAUCACUGACAAAGACCAACAAAGGUACUAUUUUUCUUCUUCUGAUUAUACUGAGAAACAGCAAAAUCUGGUGGGAUUGGAUGACCAAAUAAAAACACUAAAAGAAUGGAUUUGGCAUCCCAUAUCCAAUGUCCUUGUUACUUCAGUUGUGGGUAUGACUGGCAUAGGUAAGACUACUCUUGUUAAACAAGUUUAUAGCGAUCCACUUGUUAUAGACGAGUUCGAAAUUCGUUUAUUUGUGCAAAUCGGCCCACACUAUAAUCAAUGGGAAGAAAUUCAAUUGCUUGUUCUCAAUCAACUUGGCGUUGUCCCCUCUGAUGACCAAGUACUUGUGAAUCAUCUAUUGUGGGAGGCUUUAUCUAGUCAAAAGUAUCUAAUUGUGUUAGACGACGUAUGGGCGGAUGUGUGGCAUGAGCUACAAUAUGGUGGUUUUCCACAUAACGGAAAAGGAAGUCGCGUCAUCGUCAUGUCUCAGAUCCAAAGCUACUAUAUUCGACCGAAGGUUAUCCUAUUACCGUUACUGAAGGACGACCAAAGUUGGAAACUACUUCGUGAGACGGCAUUGACUCCUGAAGAGCAGUGCAGUCGAGAACUUGAAAAAAUUGGGAAGAAGAUUGCCAGAAAUUGCGAGGGACUCCCCGCAGCAAUUAUACAGGUUGGGGAGGAUCUGCGUGGAAAAUCAUUCCAUGAAUGGCAAGCAUUAUCAGAAAAAGAAGAUCCACUCAUCAUCAAAAGAGAUGACGAUAUCCCCCUCUCAAAGGCACUAUAUUUUAGUUACAUGAUGUUGCCUCAAUAUCUAAAGCUAUGCUUUCUGUAUAUGGGUGUGUUCCCAAAAUAUUAUGGGAUUUUUAGAUCUAAGCUCAUCAAAUUAUGGGUUUCUGAGGGUCUUCUCUAUCCAUACCCGAGACUUACAUCCAUUGAAGAAAUCGCCGGACAAUACUUGGAUCUACUUAUUUACCGAAGUAUUGUUUUGAGAGAAAAGCAGGCGUCUAUAGAUAUUGAGAAAACUAAAAAGUGUAGACUUCAUUUCACCUUUCGGAGUCUAUGUGUUAAUGAAGCUAAGAGUGAAAAGUUUUUUCAUAUCCUGAAAAAGUACACCGACUGUAAGCCAGAGAAAAUGAGAAGCCACCAGCGUCUCUGCGUUCACAAUAACAUUGUUCUUGGUUUCAGGCAAGUGCAUGAAUGGAUGGAAUCAGUUCUGGAUGUACGCUCUCUUCUUUGUUUCGGUCCAAAACAACAAUAUCCAGUAGUGUUGCCCAUGUGUUUUAGAUUGCUCAAGAUAAUAGAUGCACUUGCAAUCCGCUUCUACGAGUUCCCACUUCAAAUUCUUGCAUUAGUUCACUUAACAUACCUUGCCAUCACGUGUGACGGAGACGUCCCCAACUCUAUUUCCAAACUUUGGAACCUCCAAGUAUUGAUUUUUUGUCGACAUCAUAACAUAAAACUGUCAAAUGGUCCGAUUUAUCUACCUAUAGAGGUCUGGAAGAUGAAAAAACUAAAGCAACUUUAUUGCAUGGGAUUUGACCUUCCUGCUCCUCCAGAGGAGGAUUCUCAUCUUAUCCUUGAGAAUCUUUUAACAGUUUCAGGUGUGAGUGUUCACAGUUGUACUAUGGAAGUUCUCUCGAGAAUGCCCAACCUAAUGAGAAUAGCCAUUCAAAUUGAGCCAGCACACGACUCAAUCGAAACCUUCAGUUUUUCCAGUCAUUUCGUGUCUCUCUAUCAAUAUUUUGAAUCGAUCAAAUACGUCGUUGUGAAUCCUAAUCUCAUGUCUCAGGUUGUUCCUUGCGUUCCAAAUUUUCCUGUGGACAUUUUGAAGAUAAGUCUAAGUGGAAGUGGGUUUCCGUGGAAGAAUCUGAGAGCUAUUGCAGCAUUACCGAAUCUCACAGUGCUCAAACUACGAUGGUAUGCAUGUUGCGGCCCUGAGUGGAAAACGAGUGACGGACAGUUCCCUAGACUUGAGGUUCUGUUGUUGGAAGACUUGGAUAUAGAGCAUUGGCAAUCUGACGGUAAACCCUUUCCAUGGUUGAGACAGGUGAUUGUCAGGCAUUGCUACAAAUUGAAAACCAUGCCGGAUCGUUUCGAGUCUGUCGAGCUGCUAGAGUUGGAUGAUUGCAACCUAUCAUUUGUGAAGAAAAUGCGCAAGUGGCGAUCCCCUUCUGGUGAUGAAGCUAAGAUUCGUUCUUCAGAUACUGAUCUAUAA